AUGGUUUCUUCACUUCUCGCCCUCGGCGCCUUGGCCGCCACUGCUAUCGCUGCUCCCCUCGAUGCUCGUGCCGGCUGCACCUUCACCGAUGCCGCUGCCGCCAUCAAGGGCAAGGCCAGCUGCACCAGCAUCAUCCUCAACGGCAUCGUCGUCCCUGCCGGUACCACCCUCGACAUGACCGGUCUUAAGUCCGGCACCACUGUCACCUUCCAGGGCAAGACCACCUUCGGCUACAAGGAGUGGGAGGGACCUCUCAUCUCCUUCUCCGGUACCAACAUCAACAUCAACGGUGCCUCCGGCCACUCCAUCGACUGCGGUGGUGCCCGCUGGUGGGACUCCAAGGGAAGCAACGGCGGCAAGACCAAGCCCAAGUUCUUCUACGCUCACAGCCUCAAGAGCUCCAACAUCAAGGGUCUCAACGUCCUGAACACCCCCGUCCAGGGCUUCUCCAUCAACAGCGUCACCACCCUCGGCGUAUACGACGUCACCAUUGACAACUCUGCCGGUGACUCUGGCGGUGGCCACAACACCGACGCCUUCGACGUCGGCUCCUCCACCGGUGUCUACAUCUCCGGUGCCAACGUCAAGAACCAGGACGACUGCCUCGCCAUCAACUCCGGCACCAACAUCACCUUCACCGGCGGUACCUGCUCCGGUGGCCACGGUCUGUCCAUUGGCUCCGUCGGCGGCCGCUCCGACAACACCGUCAAGACCGUCGUCAUCUCCAACUCCAAGAUCACCAACUCUGACAACGGUGUCCGCAUCAAGACCGUCUCCGGCGCCACUGGUUCAGUCUCUGGCGUCACCUACUCCGGCAUCACCCUCUCCAACAUUGCCAAGUACGGUAUCGUCAUCGAGCAGGACUACGAGAACGGCUCCCCCACCGGCACCCCCACCAAGGGCGUCCCCAUCACCGGCCUCACGAUCUCCAAGGUUACCGGCUCCGUCGCCUCCUCCGCUACUGAUGUCUACAUCCUCUGCGCCUCCGGUGCCUGCAGCAACUGGAAGUGGAGCGGCGUCAGCAUCACUGGCGGCAAGAAGUCCACCAAGUGCUCCGCCAUCCCCAGCGGCAGCGGUGCUGCUUGCUAA